AUGGAUGUGUUAUUAGAUAUAAUGUUUCAUCAUGGAGGAAACUUUGAGAAAGAUGGUGAAAAAAAAUUGAGGUAUACCCCUGAUAACUUAACUUGCCUAGGUGAUCUGGAUGAGGAUACCUUGGACGUUUUCUUCAUAAGGAAUUAUUACAAGGAGUUAGGCUAUGACAAGAUCCUUCAUUAUUAUUUACAAGAUCAGGAGGAAAAGGUAGGCAUGGACAAUACAGGAGUGGAUGUUGCAGAAGAAGAAGGUGCUACGGUCACUCCUAAUGACAAAAUGAGGAACCCCAGCAAUCAAUCCCCCCAAAACAAGCCAACGCCUGUCAACACCAUUGACAUUCCGAACCCUCCUAUUAAUCCAAUACCUCCUACUAAUCCAACACCUCCAACUAAGUCAGAAUCUCUCACGAAUCCAAAACCUCCAAGUCAGGAGAAGCCUCUUGCCAAUCCAAAUGAUCAAUCUCAGGCAAAGCCUCCUAAUAAUCAAAAGCCAAAACCUCCCACUAAUCCAAAGCCGAAGCCUCCUACUAAUCAAAAGCCAAAACCUCCUACUAAUUCAAAGCUAAAGCCUCCUACCAAGCCUAUUCUCCCUAAAAGUGUGUCAAUAGCAACACCCAACUCCACAUCUAAAUCCACCCUCAAGAAGAAAAUGACAACAACCACCCAUAAUUUUAGGCCUUGUACGAGGAGUGUUGCUAAGGAAAAGGCAGUGAUGCAAGCACGACAUGAGGGAGGUGAUGCACUAUCCUCUUAUUCAUAUGAUAGUGACAAAGAUAGUUUGUAUAAUCCAAGGAUCGAAGAUAGUUCUUCUGAUGAUGAUGAUUAUGAUAAUGAUAUUUGUAAGGCUAAGACUGUUAAAAAAAGACAUCAGAUUUAA